AGUCAAGAUGGCUUCCAAACACAUGUGCGAGGAGAAAUAUUUGUCAACUCCGAAAAGAAAGAAACAGAAGAAGAAAAAUAUUCAACCGAAGGGAGACCAAGGAAAUCAACAUCUGACUGAAGAACUAAGUCUGCAAAAUAUCUUGCAGUUAGGGGGUGACAAGUCUGACCUGGGAAUAAUAGAAGAUAUACAGGAUGAAGAUGAAGCUCUGGAUGGCAAGGAAGACCUGGAUGCGGAGCCUGUCAAAAAGGACGAGAUAAGGAAUUUCAUAAAGAAUCUUGGCAUUAGGAAACAUCGCCCCGUGGAGCCAGAUGAAGAUAGUGAGAGAAAACAGAAGAAGAAAAAAGAAAAGCCCAUCAAAUUAGCAGUUGCACCCUCAGAAAAGGAUGCUAGUGAAAGUGAUAAUAAAGCAGACAAGCAAAAGCGGAAAGAAGGCAAAAACAAGUUCAAAGUUCAGGACGAGGAAGUCUCUAGCAGUACAGAUGUAGGUUCUCAGUCAACACUACAAAUUCUGGCUUCAAGACUGAAGAACUACAAACCCAGAAAACAUUCUGUCCUCAAAAGCGGAUGGUACUUGUCACAGAUUGGCGAUGUCAGCUCGUCAGAAGGUAUAACAGAGAGCCUCCUUCAUGAAAUGGAGGAGUUUGCCUCCAAACUUCUUCAGGAUGAGGUAGAGCUGUACAAAGCACAGAGGGAGCGGUUUAAGAAGUCAGAGACAGGCUGGAUCAAGACAGUUCUGAAAUCAGGGACUAUAGGGGACAAAAUGGCUGCCCUCACACUUCUCGUGCAAGAUUCACCUGUUCAUAACCUGUCCAGUCUGGACAGUCUUGUUGCCAUGGCGAAGAAAAAGGCAAAAAGAGAAUGCAUUCUGGCAGUUGACACUUUGAAAGAGUUAUUUCAGUCGGAUUUUAUUCCAAAUGGACGAAAACUGAGAACGUUUGCACAGAACAACUUCGUCAGCCUUGUGAAAAUAGAUGCUGGAGAUAAGGAUGGAUUUGACAGAACAGUGUUGUUGUGGUAUUUUGAGUCAAAGCUGAAAGAGAAAUAUCUAUCUUUCAUAAAAGCUCUGGAGACCUUGUCCUUUGAUACAAUUUUGGCCACAAAACAAAGUGCUUUGAGUGCCAUAUACAGCUUGCUUGUUAACAAACCAGAGCAAGAAAAGAUGCUGCUGGGCAUGCUGGUAAAUAAGGUUGGAGAUCCUGACCACAAAAUAGCCUCAAAGUCCUCACAUCUUCUGUCAACUUUGGUGGAAUGUCAUCCUAACAUGAAGAUGGUUGUUGUCAAGGAAACUGAGCAGCUUCUUCACAGGCCAAACAUUUCCCUAAAGGCACAGUACUAUGCCAUUUGUUUCCUCAAUCAGCUGACACUCAGUCAGUCAGACAGAGAUCUGGCUAACAGGUUGAUUGAUGUCUACUUUUCUUUCUUCAAGGCAUUUGUGAAGAAGGGUGAAGUGAACAACAAGAUUAUGAGUGGCCUCCUCACAGGUGUGAACAGAGUGUAUCCAUACGCUAAAGUGGACUAUGAACGUGUGAGUGCCCAGAUGACCAUGCUGUACCAGAUUGUCCACGUGGUCAACUUUAACACUAGUCUCCAGGCCUUAAUGCUUCUCUAUCAGGUGAUGGAUUCCAGUCAGAGUGUUUCUGAUCGUUACUACAUCACCCUUUACAAGAAACUUCUCGACCCAGCUCUGAAGACAUCAGCCAAACAAACUAUGUUUCUCAACUUACUGUUCAAAAGUUUGAGACAAGAUAUUUCUGAGAAAAGGAUAAAGGCAUUUAUCAAGCGACUCCUGCAGGUGUGUUCGUAUCACACCCCUCCAUUUAUCUGUGCCUCCCUCAUCCUUCUCUCUGAGGUUUUGAAGAUUAAAGAUGGUGUGCUGCAACUGACUAACAUCUCUGGGAAAUGGACUGAGGAUGAGGAAGACGAUGAACACUUUGUGGACUUACCCGAUCCAGAUGAUAAUGUGGAUAACAGAGAUGACAAUGGGGAUAAUGGAGGAGAUGACAAACAGACCACAAGUGUGGCCCCCACGACUACUCCUAAGUCUUCCUGGGUCCAUCGUAGUAAUCUUGGAGAGAAGUCAGGCCAGUACAACCCGUCCCACAGGAACCCCCUGUACUGUAGUGUAGACCAGGAGUGUGUGUGGGAGCUGGAGAAGCUGACAAAGCACUAUCACCCCUCCGUCUCUCUCUUUGCUCUAACCCUGCUUCAGGCCAAGCCUAUUAACUAUUCUGGAGACCCUCUUCAUGACUUUGCUCUGAUCAGAUUCCUGGACAGGUUUGUCUACAAAAACCCAAAGAAACAGAAAACAAUUGAUGCCCAGCAUUCAAGGGCCAGGUUUUGUCGGGAGCGGCAGCUGAGAGGGGUGAAGAAGAUCGCUGUGAAUAGUGAUGAGUACAUACAGAGAGAGGAGAAGACCAUACCUGUCGAGGAAAAGUUCUUCUACAGGUAUUUCAAACAGCGAGCAGAUCAGAAGUCAGGAACGGCUGGGAAAGACGAGGAAGAUGGCAGUGAUAUUGAGAGUGUUAGUGAUGGAGAGUUUGAUGACUUCUUGGACAAUUAUGAGCAGCAUGUUGACGAGGGAGGCACAGAUUUCCAGUUUGAUUUUGCUGGGGAGUUCAGCAAGAAGUCCAAGACACAGAAGAAGAAAGGAAAGAAAGAGGACUUCUCAUCAGACGAUGAAAGUGUUGAGGAUCUGUCAGACGAAGAAGUAGACUUUGGGGAUGAUGAUGACUUUAAGGCUGCAUUUGGGAAUGAUGAUUCGGAUGAUGAUGGCAAUGAAAUGGACUUUGAUGAAGAAGAUGUGGCAUUUUCAGAUGAUGAUAAUCCUAUGGCUGAAUUUGAAGCUGCUCCAAAACGCAGAUGGAAGAGAGAAAGAGAGAACGCUUCAUCCUCACUAUCAUCUGGUAAAAAGUCAAAGAAACAGUUCGAUAAAGCUGGACUGUUUGCUGCAGCUGAGGAGUUCUCCCACCUGAUCGAUGAGAACUCUGGGUCAAAGUUUAGCCAGGGCACAAGUCAAGCGCUGUCCAAUAAGGACAAUGCAGAUGCCAAACAGUUAAACUGGGAAGUUACCAGAGAUAAGCAGAUCCGAGGUGCAGAUUGGAGAUCAAAGAAGCGAUCGAAGAAAGGAGGUCAGAAGUUUCCCAAAUCCGGAAAAUUUGGCAAAGGCAGAAAGAGACGAUAGAGUUGACCCUGCUUUGGCAUACAAACACAAACACUGUACACACAUUUCGAGUGCAUAUAAUUGUUCGAGUGUGGACCAGUCAGCACACAGGAUGCUCACAGAUGUACUGUUAUAUCAGGGAAGCUGAACCUUUUGUGAUCAGUGAAGCAGGUGUUUAAACCACUGGAGACUUUUAGACAGAUCUGACAAAGUUCUGAAGUUAUGGAUUUGUAAGGGCGCAACAAGCCAUUAACAGAGAUGUCUGAUUAGACAAGUCACUGCUGACAUGUACAUGUUGCAAUAAGGAAGUUGUUGUAAUCGCAUGCAUGUGGCCUGUUUUGUGAAGCAGUACAUGUGACAAGAUGUGAUCAAUAAAACACCACUUUUGUC